UUUCUCCGAAUGCUUAUAUUGUCCUAAAUAAUCUAAUUUGGUUUAGUGAACUGCUUUACACAUUUCUCAUCGUCUCCCUAGUCGGAUCAAGUCCGAUCCGUGCCGGCAUGGAUGAGGCUCACGAGAUCCUGCUGAGCUCCCUGAAGAGCUCUGGCGUAUCCCUUCCCGUCGGUGUCUCCUCGAUCAAAGAUUCAUCCUCGGCUGCUCUCGUUUCCAUCUGCGCCCAAUCACUCCGCUUGAUCCUCGAUUCUGAACCCUCCUCCUUUCCCACCUCGCUUCCUGCUGCAACAGCAGAGCGCUUCAAGAUCUGCGCGGAACUCGCAGCGGCGAUCAAAUCUCUUGGUUACGGAGAGGAACUUGGCUUCCACCAGUUUCUUUACCCAUCUGAUGAGGAAUCAUAUAAGUUGGUGAGAUUUCUGGUCGAGAGGCUAUCCAAAGAGUCUUCUGAAGGCAAAAAAGUUGACACGAUUAGAAAUGCUGCUGAACACUCAUUAACUGAAAAAAGGAUGAAGCUUGAGCACACAUUUUACUCUGAGCAACCGGAAGUUCAAGAAAAGCUUAUCCAGUUAAAAGAAAUUGAGGAAGAAAUAGAAGCCACAUUGACUGAAAUAUCGAAGAGAGAGGCAGAACAUCUGGAUCUUCUUGCAGAGUUUGAAGAGCAGCCCAAACUUCCUUGCAGAAAAUCUUACAUUGAACGCAUUACUGAGAUUACAAAGAACAGCCGUAAACUAGAUGCGGACAUCAAACAAAUCCUUAAGGAGACACGAGAGCUUCAAUUAGAGAGUAAUUUGAUACAGGAACGACUUCAUAGGACACAUGCUGUGGUUGACGAAACUAUCUUCAGAGAAGCAAAGAAGGAUGCAGUGGGUCGGCAAGCAUAUCGGCUUCUCACCAGCAUUCAUGACAACUUUCAACAGAUAGCAGACGCAAUACUUGCCACUGAUAGAGCUCGAAGAGAAGCUGCAGCUCAGGAGGCGAAGCUUGCAGCACUCUCCUCCCGUCGCUUUGACAUUACCAAACUCCAAGCUGACCUGGACUCCAUUAGAAAGGAAAAUGAGUUGUUAGAGCAGAAAUGCCACAAAUCUUUACCUAUAUCAUAGAUUUUUUAAUAUAAUUUUAUUGUAACUAUAUUUUAUCCGUCCAUGGUUUGAUCUGAUUGAUAUCCUUGAGAUAUACAGUUUUGUUAUAUGGGCUGUUAAUACAAAGACGGCAAAGUUUAGGCUUUGUUUGAGACGGUUUUUUUACUGCUUCUUAAAACAGUUUUCUCGCAUAAAAAUUAUUAUUUUUACUAGAAAGUUGCUUUAUGAGGCAAUAAAAAAGCAGUCCCAAAUGAAACCUUAGUCUUUGAAUGAGUCUUUAUUGAACUUAUAAAAGUUAGGGAUUUGCUCUUGGAAUAUUUUGCUGGUAAAUGAUACAACAAUGCCAUUUACUGAGUUAAUUUUCAGCUUCA